AUGUCUUAUGUUUCCUCGGCCUCACUCCCGUCGACUAGGGGAUGGGGAUCCUCAGACGUAGGUUUCAUUCUCCGUCCCUCUAGCUCGACGGCGUCGCCGCCGUAUCCUGCCGCCUCCCGCCUCCCGCCUCCAUGUCGGUCCCCGCAGAGAUCUCACCCGGGGGAGGAAGGUCGCGCUUCUCCUCAUGCCCGGUACACGAAGCAGAGCGGGACGGCGACCGACAGGCUCACCGACGAUCUCCUCGUCGAGAUCCUCUCGCGCGUCCCCGCCAAGUCGCUCUUCCGCUUCAGGUGCGUCUCCAGCCACUGGCUGGCCCUCAUCGACCACCCCUACCACCGCAAAAGGCUCCCCCAAACCCCGGCCGGCUUCUUCUACGACAACAAGUACACCGUCGAGUGGUUUCUGCAACCACCUCUCCACUUCACCAGUUUCCCGGGGAAACGGUGCCCUCCGAUCGACACCUCUUGCUCCUUCCUGCCCAACCAUGAGCGCAUCCAUCUGUUGGACUGCUGCAACGGCCUCCUCCUCUGCCGCUGGUGCGACGCCUCCGCCGAGGGUGAAGAGUCCCGUUACGUCGUGUGCAAUCCCGCCACGGAGAAGUGGGUGGUGUUGCCGAGCUCCGGCAAGGCCACCAGCGAGGUGGCCACCGCUCGUUUGGGCUUCGACCCAGCCCUGUCGCCGCAUUUCCAUGUGUUUGAGUUGGUAGAGGAGCAGGAGCCAAACUGGCACCCUCACAUCGCCGGAGUGGCAGUGUAUUCGUCUCAAACUGGAGGAUGGGUUUAUAAGGAACAGAGAUGGAACAAACAAAUUAGGCCCAUUGACCGUCUGUCGACAUUUGUCUUUCUUGAUGGCUAUCUGCAUUUUCAAGCCAAUGCUCGUCGGUUAUCCAGUCAUCUAGCUGUGGUAGACACAGAGGGGGAAACAUGGAUGAGCUUCAGUGUCCCUGGUGGUUUGGUUGACGGUUUUAUUCAGCGGUCGCAGGGCCGGCUGCAUUAUGCCAAUUUUCAGAGAGGUGGAGAUAGUGUCAUUAGAUUGGUAGUUUAUGUUCUGAACGACUAUCAAAGCAGAAAAUGGAUAUUGAAGCACAGCAUCGAAGCUUCACACAUAUUUCGAGGGAUGGAUGCCUACCUUCUUGGUCGUUUUGGAUGGGCUGCGAUGGAUUUUGGUUGGAUUGCGAUUCAUCCGGAAUGCAACACGAUAUUCUUCACUGCUGGGUGUUAUACCACAUUCAUGUGCUAUAAUAUGGAUCUUCGACAAGUCAAAGUGAUCUCCAAUCUGGAAGAUGGCCAGCCGCCAUAUCUGCCAUAUGUGCCAUUGUAUGCAGAGUUACAGUCAUUGCAAAUUUGACAUCUGUCUGAGUUGGUGGCUUUAUAACAAGUGGAUCUUCGACAAGCACUAGUUCUUUGUGCUAUAUAUGGAACAGUCUACUUGGUAUGUUUGCUUGAACUGGGCUAUUGUUUUAUCUGACUGAAGCAGGCAUGCUUUUAUAUUUCGAGUGUGGUGGUUCACUAUGGAGUGAACUUGGGUGAUUAGUUAUCAAAGUCUGUACUGAACUUUCUGUUGCCUGUAUUGGUUUCUGCAUACCAAUGGUUUUGGAGAACUCCUACCUCCAUGUAUUCGGUUAAAUUGGCGUAGUGUUUGAGCGAUGGUGAUGAUGUAGUAGAAGACAUGACCAAUGAUCAUCAUGCAACUUAAAUUCUAAACUUAUAUUUGCAUCUUAUGGACAGUGACUUAGUAAAUGAU